CGCGCAGGGGGCGUUCCGCGCGAGUGCAGGUGCAACAGCUCUCCAAACGCGUCAUUACACACGGACUGAAGUACCGUUAGUGUUCACCCCACUCUCGCUGUCUGUGGAGUGCGUCGAGAAACUCCAGCGCUGUGAGAAUCUUCCGGGAUAUUCGCCGAGAAACGAACGCACACUUGUUCAGUCUCAUGCCACGGAAUUCUGAGGAGUCAAAGAUGAUUUCCAGCUUUGAAUGUAGCGUCAAUCUUCCCACGGUGAACAUCGCUUGUUUUGAGGAGAACACUAAGUUUUAGGACACUUGAAAGAGCCUUAGCGCUUUGAUUUGUUUGUAGAUAACCGUUAUCUACUUCACGCGCAGUGUUAAUACUGACGAGCGCGCGCAGAGCGGACACUCUUCACAUGCUGAGCCAUGGAGACGCUAACUUCAGCGAAACUUCACACCUGCCUGGCAUUCUUAUCAUUUCUGUGCUCUAUCCCAGGUGACCUUGCCCAACUUCAGCUGCCUCAGAAAAAUGUAGAAGUGAUCAAAGGGAAGAUGGUAGUGCUGCAGGCUUCUUACACUGGUGUGGAGAUUGAGAAAAAUACUGUGGUUUGGAACUACAUGUCCAGCAGCACAGAAAUGAUUAUCUCAUAUGUUGGUGGGAAAUUAAGUUAUAGCACUUCCCAGUUUGCAGGUCGAGUUGGUUUUAUGCAUAGUAUGCCCAACACCAACCUGUCCCUGUACAUUAACAACACCAAAGCAUCAGACUCAGGGAAGUACAUGUGCCAGGUUAUUAUACCAGGCAUUACAGGACAUACUGGAGAGCUCACCCUUAAUGUUAAAGUCCCUCCUUCGGUUCCAGUUUGUCAAGUUAAAGGAAGACCUGUUCUUAAAGGGAACAUCACUCUGGCUUGUAACUCUGAUGAUGGUAAACCUGCACCACAAUACAAGUGGACCAAGACCAGCCCCACUUCAGAAGUCUUCUUCCCUCCUGCACAAAAUGAAACAGCAGGAACAUUAAAGCUGAACAAUCUGAGCAGUAAUAUGUCAGGGAAAUACAUGUGCACUGCAUCCAACUCUGCAGGAGCGGAGACGUGCUACAUCAAUCUGGAGGUCAUCACAUCGACUAAUGCUGGGAUGAUCGCUGGUGUCACAGUUGGUUGUAUUGUGGCUCUCAUCCUCAUCAUUCUCUUCCUCGUCUUCAUGUGGACAAGACGGAAGGACACUGAGGAGGAUUUAGCCAAUGAAAUCAAAGAGGAUGCUCAGGCUCCCAAACGCGUCUCAUGGGCCAAGAGUGGCACUGGAUCUGACAUCAUCUCUAAAAAUGGCACCCUGUCCUCCAUUCACACCAGCUCUUACCCACGAGACACCAAGAACCACCACCAUUACCCUCACUCCGACACCGCGUCCAUCCUCACAGCCAGGGGCAGCACAGCAGGCUACCGCUCACAGCCUCCAGCAGACGCCACCCUGGAGCGCACAUUGCCAGGCUACAACACCAACCCCACCCCACCUCGUGGACCCUCGGGACCCCCCAGCACCAAUGGAAGCACACCUCAUUACACCUCAGUGACCCGGCCAGCCUCCGCUCAGCCUCAGAUUCCACGUCAGCCCGUGCUGCCCACCACUGUAACUGCUGCCAACAUCUCCCGCAUGGGAGGGGUACCCAUUAUGGUGCCAGCGCAAAACCAGGCUGGCUCUCUGGUGUAGGACCAAACAUU